CCGCCCAUCACGCGCGCCGCGAUUGUUCCCACAGACGCACUCUAAAAUGCAGGACAUCCACAUGGAAGACGCGUAUGACCCGGACCAGAAUGAGGAAGAGAAGCGCCACGUCCGGAAGCGCUAUCGCGACUUGACGAAGCGCCUCGAUGAGGGGCAGUCCAAUAUGCACGACGUGACGGCAGAGGGGAUUGCUGAAAUCAUCCGAGAAGCGGACAGUAACUAUGAACAAGUCAAGGCCCCCCAAGAAGCUACACUUGAUUCGCAAGUCCUCCUUGCCGCCUCCAAGAUGGGUGCACAAAAGGCCCGCGCAAUGCGGGCCGGUGCUGGAGGUUUCGACGUCGACGAGUUCGUCGCCAAACUGGUCACCUUCAUGGGUGGCAAGCGGACCAUCGGUGAUGAUGGUGAAGUUGAUGAUGGACUAGACGCGGACGACUAUCUUGAAUGGGAUCUUAUCGGCCGUAAAGCUCUGGCGAAGAGCCGAAGGGUACCCGCGAUGACAUUCAUGCUUGGACCCUUGUCUAUAGAAGCGAAGAAACGUGGGCCAAUAAAGCGCGCCAAGCUCGAGAGGAACGAGUCGGACAGGAAGAAACCUCAAGAAAUUCGCGAAGAAGACAUCCAACGCGCGGAGAACGAGACAACAAAGAACGUCAUUCAGCUCGAAAACAUACUUACGGACGAGUGUCAAAUACGACAAGAGGCACAGAACCGCGCCCGCCAUCAAAAGUACGCCAACCGACCCGACGAAUAUGACCCAGAAUGGGACGAUUUGCCCGGGAGGGUCAACCUCUUCGAGUUCGUCAUCAACCCAGAGGACUUCGCUCAGUCCGUCGAGAAUAUAUUCUAUCUGUCCUUCCUCAUCCGCGACGGCAAAGUUGCCUUCGAGUAUGAUGAAGACACGAAGGAGCCGUUCAUUUACGCCUGCUCUCCAGCAGGAGAGGAAGAGUACGCCAAUGGUCUGCGCAAGCAACAAAUGGUACUCGAGUUCGACGUUGCCACAUGGCGGCGUGCCAUCGAGGUAUUCAACAUCACGAAGCCCAUGGUCCCCAAGCGCGCUGCGGCCAAGACGAAGCUUGGGGACAAGUGGUACGGCUAGCACUGUCAUCUCGGAUGACCGUCCGCCCAGCCUCCAUCUGCACCGCAAUUUCUUGUCUUGCUUCUAUCUUACAGCGGCCGCGCCUGUAUUACUAUUGUACUCGUUGCUUAACUCGCUUCCGUGCUCUUGCUCUUCGCUGAAAGGGUUUCCAGCACAGUUCGC